AUGGCUGCCUUCGCCGAGAUGCUCGGCGGCUUCCUCCUGGGCCCCGGCGGCGAGGUCACCGAGACCGUCGCGGCCCUCUCGGGCAAGGGCGCCGUCGCGCUCUACUUCAGCGCGCACUGGUGCCCGCCGUGCCGCGGCUUCACGCCCCAGCUCGCCGAGUGGUACAAGAGGGACCUGCAGGCCAAGGGCCUGGAGGUGGUCUUCGUGUCCUCCGACAGGGACGAGGCCUCGUUCAAGGAGUACUUCGCCGGCCAGCCCUGGAUGGCUCUGCCCUACGGGGAGCGCGGUGCCAAGGAGAAGCUGUCCAAGAUGUGCAAAGUGAAAGGCAUCCCCUCGCUGGUGAUCCUGGACUCCGACGGGAAGGUCAUCACGACGGAAGGCCGAGAUGCCGUCAGCGAGGACCCGACCGGCGCGGAGCUCCCGUGGAGGCCGAGGCCAGUGAAGGAGCUCCUGGCCGAGGCGAAGCUCGUCGGGCCCGCAGGCGAGUUGACGGUGCAGCAGGCGGUGCAGGAGAAGAAGGCGCUCGCGCUCUACUUCAGCGCGCACUGGUGCCCGCCGUGCCGCGGCUUCACGCCCAAGCUCGCCAACUGGUACAGGGAGGACCUGCAGGCCAAGGGCCUGGAGGUGGUCUUCGUCUCCUCCGACAAGGACGAGGCCUCGUUCAAGGAGUACUUCGCCGGCCAGCCCUGGAUGGCUCUGCCCUACGGGGAGCGCGGUGCCAAGGAGAAGCUGUCCAAGAUGUGCAAAGUGAAAGGCAUCCCCUCGCUGGUGAUCCUGGACUCCGACGGGAAGGUCAUCACGACGGAAGGCCGAGAUGCCGUCAGCGAGGACCCGACCGGCGCGGAGCUCCCGUGGAGGCCGAGGCCAGUGAAGGAGCUCCUGGCCGAGGCGAAGCUCGUCGGGCCCGCAGGCGAGUUGACGGUGCAGCAGGCGGUGCAGGAGAAGAAGGCGCUCGCGCUCUACUUCAGCGCGCACUGGUGCCCGCCGUGCCGCGGCUUCACGCCCAAGCUCGCCAACUGGUACAGGGAGGACCUGCAGGCCAAGGGCCUGGAGGUGGUCUUCGUCUCCUCCGACAAGGACGAGGCCUCGUUCAAGGAGUACUUCGCCGAGCAGCCCUGGCUGGCGCUGAGCUACGCCGACAGGAGUCUGCAGAAGAAGUUAAACAGGGCCCUGAAGGUGGGGGGCAUCCCGACCCUGGUCAUCCUGGACGCGGACUUGAACGUGGUCACGACCGAUGGUCGCGGCGCCGUCGCAGCCGACCCCACGGGGGCCGCGAUGCCCUGGUACCCGAAGCCCGUGAAGCAGCUCGCGGACGGCCCGGGAGACAUCAACGAGGUGCCAACGCUGCUGAUCUUCUGCGAGUCCAGCGACGCCGCGGGGGUGGACGCCCUGGCGCAGGCCCUCGAGCCCCUGGCGGCGAAGCACACCGAGCGGGCGAGGGCGGCCGGCCGGGACCCGGACUUCUGCUUCAUGCUGGCGGCAGCGGGGGCGGAGCUCGCCCCGAGAGUCCGCGGCAUGCUGGGCCUCCUGGAGGCACCCGGCGCCGAGGCGGCUCCGCGUAUGGCCCUCAUCGACAUCCCAGACGAGGGCGGCUACUACCUCGCGGCAGAGGGCUCUGAGGUCACCGCCGCCUCCGUGGAGCGCUUCCUCGACGACUACAAGACGGGGGCGCUGGAGCGGAAGCAGCUGAAGUGA